ACGGAAAAGCCAUACUUAUAUUUACGCGAGAAAUAAGAUUGAUAAUUGAAAGUAAAACUUGUUUACUUGAACAACUUCGUUCACUCUCUCCUGGAAAGCUUGUGAGAUGUUUGGUGGAGUCUGACGAUCAUGUAAAAAAAGAUGUCAUUGUUCAUUUUAUAAAACAACAAAACUCGACGCUUGAAUCCGGUGAUAUUAUUGGAGUUCUCAUUCUUGAUGACUUUA